AUGGCGCGCGCCGCAGUGAUUCCACAGUCCCCCGCCAAGCGGACGGGACGAACCUCGACACAGUCAACAGCUGCUGCCGACGCGAAGAGGAAAGUACCUCGCAAGGCGACUCCAGCUCCACGAACCGCGACGCCCGCCCUUAAUGUCGACUCUGACGACACAGACGACGAGCUCGGCUUUGUCACAAGUAGCGCGAAACCCCGCGCUCGUCCGGCUGCCCGCCCAGCAACGAAGCCCAAAGCCCCUGCGGCCUCUCGCAGCAAGACUGUUAAAACUGAGCGCGUCGACACUCCAGCAAAGAUCGCGCCUUCGGACAUCGAGACACCGAAGAAACGCGUCGGAAGACCAAGAAAAACUCCGAUUCCAGAGGAGAAAACUGCACCAAAGCCCGAGACUGCUGGUAAAACGCGGGGGCGGCCCAAAGCGACAACAACAGCGCCCAAGGCUGUGGCUCCCGUCAACACCCGGAGAACACGAAUGGCAAGUGAGGCUGCGGAGGAGAUGAAACCGACCAACAUCAAAAUUUCGACAAGCUCCAUCAUGCGCUCAAACAUCCUCCGUGGACCUGCCAAAAAGAAAACAGUAACGUUCCAGGAACUUUCUGCGUCCGAGGAGGAUGAGGAGGAGGAGGAGGAGGAACUGGGUGUGCCCGAAGCUCCAGCUGCCGGUCGCAAAAGGGCAGCGCCCAAGGCUGCGGGCUCUGCAAAGGCUGGCCUUCGCGCGACGCCUGUUCGCAAGCCUGCAGCGAGUGGCACUCGUGGACGGAAGCCGGCUGCAACCAAGAAGGGUGCGGCCAAACCAUUGUCUCCAAAGAAAGACAAGCAAGUGGCCAAAUCUCUAUCAAGCUAUGUUAGCUCCGAUGACGAAGAUGAACUUAACACGAUCAAGGCCGAGAGCUCAAGUCCUGUCAGACUUGUUGUUCAUUCUCCUGCCAAGCAAAAUUUGGAAAACACCGGAUUGAGCUCUCCUGUGCGCAGAGUCAACUUUACACCGAAGAAAGCCGCCAGUCUCAUCGACGAGAAUGGCGAACCCAAAUUACCUACACCGAAACACGGAUCAUCAGGAAUCGGCCUUGGCUCUCCAGUCAGGAAGAUUAACUUCACACCAAAUCGCAGUCAACAUUCUGCUGCCGAUAACGGUCACCUUGCUCUCCCACCUGGUAACUCAAUCAACCUCGGGGAGUCCAAGUUUAUGGGCAGCCCUGCUCGACGGGCUCCGACAUCGUCUCCUUUCAAAUUUAGCCUGAGAGAAACCCCGAAUCGUGCGGGCUCGCUCUUCCUGGACAAUGUGAACUCUGUCUCUGCCCCAGACUUCGCACCUGCAAAUGCCUCCCCACUCAAGAUGUCCCCAAAGAAGGCAAACCUUGGAGCGUCUUUCUCACAGUCAACACAAAAGCCAUCCGAUGCACCAGUACUCGCCCGGACUCCUUUGUUCCAAAGCCCAGCAAAGAGAAUCGCCUCUCCAUUCAAAAGCUCGAUUUUCUCUACCCAUGCCUCAUUCGGUCAGUCUAAGAUUACAGACAGCGAUGGUACCCCGACAAAGGAUCUGGAAGUCGAGGAAACAACCACGCCCAAGUCGUCACCACUGCAAAGACAGCAGCCCGAGGAUACAUACGAAGAAGAAUGUGAUUUGGCUCAGGAUGUAGCUCGAGACAUCUUUAACAUUGAUAUUGAGUUGUCUGGGGAUGAAAAAUCAUCAUCCCCUCCACCCGCUCAGCAAGAGACAGCUGCACCCCAGUCAGACGACGGUCAGGACCUGGACGAUGCUGCUGUUGAGACAGAGGCCGAGGAGUUCACAGAUUCCGAGAACCCACGAAACGCAGAGCUUGAGCAUGAGGUGCUUUACGAAUACGAAGAACCUGAGACGCUCUGCUUCGACGAAAUGGAAGAAGCUAUUCUGGCCCCUGAGGAAUCUGAUGACCAAGCCACACAGACAGACUCAGAGUUUGAGCAUGAGCAAGGAGACAACGAACGGGAUCAUUACGAAUAUGAAGAGCCCGAGUCGUUAUGCUUCGAUGCCAUGGAAGACGCAGAAAUGGAAAUGGCUGGCACACGUUCCCAGGACAUGCCGGAAGAAUUGGUGUCCGAGUCAGAAAGUUUCAUUCAAGACGUCCCAUUUGAAUAUGAAGAAGCUGAGACGCUCUGCUUUGACAUUAUGGAAGACGAAUACCUUGCAGAUGACGACAUGCUUCACCCAAGCAUCGAAACGGUUGACUCAGAAGCUGAAGAUAUGGAUGGUCUCGGAUACGAGGACUCUGACCAAGAAACUCAGCUGGACGAACAUACCCACGGUUCAACUGCAUAUGAAUCUCCCGAUCGGAGUUCGGCACCACUGCAGCACAUUGAGUCAGACGAACUGGAUGUUGAAGAUCAACUCGCUGAUGAGGUCAUGAGCGAUGACAUCCAAGCUGAAGAAAGUGAGCCGAUCUCUGAAACUGGUUGCUACCCGCUUUCUCCACGCCAAGACAGCCAACUAGAGGAUGCCCCAAGCUCGGUUUCAAGGACUCACCCCGCGGUUACUCCAACUAUGAGCUCUCCAAGAACCCGGGAAACCACCCCAGUCUCCACAAAUCGCCCAGGCGACACCGAGAAUGACAAUGACCCCACUCCACGCAUGAAGAAUGUCCCUGCCACUGCUACCCCCAGCCCCAGUCCCAGCCCCUCUGAGGACCAAGUGAGCUACACGCCGGACGCCCAGGCAAGCAGCCCUGCGUUAAUGGUGCCUAUGUCAUCCAAUUCAUCAAUUGCUCCCGAUCAGCACAAAACACCCACCCAAAGCGACGUCGGCUUUACACCAUUGGCACAAAGAUUUGGCCGCUGGGAACAAGACACCCCCUCGCAGAGAAGAUCACUCCGGCCCCGUCGCCGUGGAGUUUUCUCCCUGGUUGGCCCGCUAGAUCGAACCUCGGUUGAAGCCCCCGCCACCCAAAACGGUGUAUCGUAUCCCGACUUAUCAAAAAGCCCCCUGGCAAACAACUCCUCGCUGUUUGCCGAAUUACCUCAUCAACUGCAGAGUGAGGAUACAACUAUGAGACCCGGGCACAGUCAGAAACCACGAACAUCUACAGGACACGAACGCCGUCGGAGCUCUGUUUCGUCAACCAAGCACGCAGAGAUCUUUGAGGAUCCUAUCUCGGAGAAAACCCAACCCCCAAACAAUCGCCGAAGCUUAAACAAGCAACCUAUCCCUGCCGCUCAACCCUUGCAGGAUCAAGAGACUGACGAUAAGGAGAAUUGUGAGCCCGAGAAUCUACCAGUGACACCGAUCAAAUCGCGACCUCAAAUCGAAGAGCUGCGCACGGUUCAUACUGUAUCCAAAGUCCCACUGAAGGGCGAAGGUGAAAUCUCACCUUUGAAGGUAUCCCGCAAGCGAGGACUUUCUCUUUCGGCGACAUCCCCAACCCGCUCCUCUCCCCGUGUUCGCAAGCCUACCGUUAUGGCUCUCAAUGACAGUGUGCCCGUCCUACCCCCUCCACGGAAGGCCCCACGUGUUAGUGGCGGUAGCCCGACACCCAAGCGACGUUCGAUCACGGGUAGACGCAGCAGCGGCCGAGGACCGGUGAUGGCUCCACCUAGUACUUCUGCACCUACUGCCAGCCCUGCCAAGAAGGCUCGUCGCAGCAUCAGCGCCGAGCAAAAGGCCCUGCACGGUGCGGUCGUGCACGUCGAUGUCCACACCACUGAAGGCGAAGAUGCAUCUGGGAUCUUCGUCGAGCUUCUGCAGCAAAUGGGUGCUAGAUGUGUCAAGUCCUGGUCUUGGAAUCCUGGCUCUAGCCUCUCCCCGGUUGAAGGCGCCGAUCCAAAGGACUCGCGAGUUGGUAUUACCCAUGUUGUUUACAAAGACGGUGGCUUGCGCACAUUGGAAAAAGUCAAGAAGGCAAGAGGCCUUGUGAAAUGUGUUGGUGUCGGAUGGGUUCUUGACUGUGAGCGGGAAAGUCAAUGGCUCGACGAAACACCCUACGCGGUUGACAGUUCCAUCAUUCCUCGCGGCGGUGCCAAGCGCCGCAAGAGCAUGGAGCCUCGAGCCCUCAGCAACGUCAACGGAACUCUGGUUCGCAUCUCCGAAUCUCCAGCGCCAUCAGCCAGUGGUCGUCGUAGCGGCGCCGGACAAGGUGCCGUCGAUGGGUUCCGCAAAAUCACCCCUCCUACCCACCAGCCGGAAGUGCCAUCUACUCCUACCAAUCAAUCUUCCUCUUCCAAAUACCAGUUCCCUGCUACACCUGGUUACAACUUCGCCAACCUUGACGCUAUUGGCAUGUCUCCCGCCACGCCGGGAUUCCUUGGAAAUCGAUACAAGCUGGUUCAGCAAUCCUGUCCGCCAAAGCAAAGCAACCGAGGUCUUUUCCCGAGUGCCAAGCCAUCAAAAAUCUCACGGGAUGACGGAGAUGAUGAAGAAUCUAGGCGCCAGCGACGCUUCCGUAUGGAGGCUGCCCGGCGAAAGAGCCUUGUCUACAAGCCCGCUGUUGCUAGCCCGCUUGCUCCUUGA